GCAGGCCGCCCUGGGGUGCAGCUGAGCUGGACAUGGGACCUCGAGACACCUGGCUUCUGGCAGCGCUCCUCAUCUUGGGGCUGUGUGCCCUGGUGGGGGGCCAGAAACCUUCCCCCUGCCAGUGCUCUAGGUUGAGCCCCCAAAACAGGAAGAACUGUGGCUUCCCGGGCAUCACCAGCGACCAGUGCUUUGAGAGUGGAUGCUGCUUUGACUCCAAUGUCGCUGGGGUUCCCUGGUGUUUCUACCCCCUCCCGAAGCAAGAGUCGGAGCAGUGCGUCAUGGAGGUCUCGGCCCGCAACAACUGUGGCUACCCAGACAUCAGCCCAGAGGACUGCGCCGCUCGCAAUUGCUGCUUCUCCAACCUUGUCUUCCAGGUGCCCUGGUGCUUCUUCCCACAGUCCGUGGAAGAACACAAUUACAAAUCCUCUUCUUUGCCAAAUGUGUCACAGACCUUUGAAAUGGAUGUGUACAGCAGGUCACCUCCUGUUCACUACUGGGUUUGGAUCGGGGCCGACGAGCUGCAGCCUCCAGCCCGCGCCGGCGGGACGCCUGCAGCCCGGCGCCACGCGCGCCCCUUUCCGGCCCGGAGCCCUCUCCUCGCGCGGGCCCCGCCGGGCCGACCCGUCGCGCCCCCCACCCUCGAUCUCAAGCCACCGUGGAGCUCCGCCGCCUCGAAACGUUCACCGCGAGCGGCCUUCCCCACCUACCCCCUCCUCUAG